AUGACUGUAGAGACUGCAUCCUGUGAUUUUGAAUCACCUUGUUCAUGGACCCUGUCCAAUCACAGUGGAGGGGACUGGCAUGUCACAUCGCCAGAGCAACAGAGGGCAAGCAUGGAGACUGUGUGGCCAGCCACUGAUCACUCUAUUGGAGACACCGAUGGUCACUUCUUGCUGUUAAUGGCCACAGCAGCAGAGGCUUCGGGGAGCUGUGAGUUCUCCCUCUCCAGCCCGGUGCUCUCCGAUAGUGGGCCACUGUGCCACCUGCAGCUGGCACGGUUUCAGCCAGAGUACAGCCACGGGAACUUGUCUGUUCGGAUCAAACUGCUGGACUCCGCCUCAGUCAUCAGUUCUCCAGCGCUCAGCCAUCUAGAGCGGGAUGUUGCCAGGGAACAAUGGGAGGUGCUUGAAGCACACAUUGGCCAGCUUGAGGAGCCGUUUCAGGUGACAUUGCUCUACUCCUUUUGCGGGGAGGAGAGCGGGGUCACUUUGGCCAUUGAUUCUCUACAGCUGAAGAACUGCAACAUGGAUUCCAUGCCUCUGGGGUCCCACUGUUCAUUUGAGUCAGGCCUGUGCGGAUGGUCAUUGUCUGGUGACCCCUACCCUUGGACACUGGUCAGUGGCAAAGAGUUGGCCACCAGUGAGGACCUCCUGGGCACAACUCUGCAGAACACUGAAGGUCACUUCCUGUUCCUGAGAGUGAGGUCCAGUGAAACAGGAGGUGUGGCCCUGGCUCAGAGCCCCCCUCUCCCAGCAACAGUUGGUAGUGGGGACUGUCAGGUGCAGUUCUUCCUGUACCUGUUUGGGGAGUUUAACGGCACAGUGUCGCUGUCAGUGGAGGAGAAUGGGACGACCGCGGCCCCUCUGGUGUGGGAAAGGACGGGAAGCUUUAAGGACAGCUGGCUGGAUGUAACCCUUCUGUCAGACUUUCUGAACAGCUUCCACAUGAGCCUGAGUGUCCUGUGGGAGAGCAACUCAAAUGCAGACAUCGCUGUUGAUCAGAUUGCCCUCUCAACGUCUUGCUAUGACACAGAUCAAGACCCAGUGUUCCUGAGACACAGAUUCUUCCAUGACAUGGACGACAGUGAUGACUUGGACUUCUUCAGCCCUCUCCCAGAACCCUCUGCAUCAGAGGUGUCCUUCAUGACCUGGUGGUUCACCUCCUGUGGUGCCAGUGGUCCUCGGGGGCCCACACAGGCCCAGUGUGACAACGCCUACCGAAACACCAAUGUCAGUGUCACUGUGGGCAAAGAUGGGCCAUUCAAGGGGGUACAGAUGUGGAGGGUGCCCGCAACCAACCAUUACAUGAUCUCUGCUUAUGGGGCAGCAGGGGGAAAAGGAGCCAAGAACCACAACAAACGCUCCCAUGGGGUCUUCAUCUCAGCCAUCUUUCCCCUGGAGAAGGGGGAUAUCCUCUACAUUUUGGUUGGGCACCAUGGCGAGGAUGCCUGUCCAGGGAGGAAUGCCGUGACACAGCAGAUUUGCCUGGGGGAGUCUUCAGUGAUUGAGGAUGGACGUGGAAUGUCAGAGUGGGCUGGGGGUGGAGGGGGUGGGGGUGGAGCUACAUAUAUCUACCGGCUUCAGGACGGGGUCAUGGUGCCCCUCCUGAUCGCUGCAGGUGGGGGAGGAAAGGCCUAUUUAGAAGACCCGGAGACCAGCCAGGACCACAUUCCUCUGGAGCUGUAUGAGAAUGACACAGACGCAGCUGGCACCAACGGCAAGACCGCCAUCGCAGGUGGGGGUGGGGGUUGGAGUGACAGGUCCAGUACUCCUUGGGCUGGAAAGUCUCUUCUGGAGGGGGCAGAAGGAGGGUCCUCCUGCCCCCAGGCAUUGUCCCAUCUAGGCUGGUCCACCUCCGGUGGGUUCGGAGGGGGUGGUGGAGCUUGCACUGCUGGAGGAGGUGGAGGUGGAUACAGAGGCGGGGAUGCUGCAGAGACGGAUGACAUCACAGCAGACGGACAGGCUGGGAUUUCCUUUGUGCACCCCAUGGGAGAAAUAUUCCUGCAGCCAUUGGCUGUUAUGGAAAGUCAUGGGGAGGCAGAGAUCAAGGUGCAGCUAAACUGUACUCACUGUCAGUCUCAGAGCUGCAAGCGGGAUGAGGACACCAAGCUCAUCCUCUGCCUCUGCCACGAUGGGAAGGUGCUAGCAGGGGACAAUGUCACCUGCACAGAUCCCAGAGGCCUCGCCCCUGAGGGUCAGCUCUCCCUGCCACUUAUCCUGGCUGUGGUGGCAACGACACUGGUGACGGGUGUGGUCCUGACCUGCAUCAGCCUUAUGCUGAUCUACUACCGGAAGAAGAACCAGCUGCAUGCAGCAAGAGCACGUCUGCAGAGUCCAGAGUACAAGCUGAGCAAGAUUCGGACCUCCGCCAUCAUGACUGAUUACAACCCCAACUACUGCUUCGCUGGCAAGGUGGCCUCACUGAGCGAGCUGAAGGAGGUCCCCCGCAGGAACAUCACACUACUCAGGGCCCUUGGUCAUGGCGCAUUUGGGGAAGUGUAUGAAGGCCAAGUCCUUGGCAUUGCUGGAGACAAUUCAGCUCUGCAGGUUGCUAUCAAGACUCUCCCUGAAAUCUGCUCAGAGCAGGAUGAGAUGGACUUCCUGAUGGAGGCCCUAAUUAUGAGUAAGUUCAGCCACCAGAACAUAGUGCGGUGCAUUGGGGUGAGCCUGCAGAUCCUCCCCCGAUUCAUCCUGCUGGAGCUCAUGACUGGAGGUGACCUGAAGAGCUUCCUCAGACAGAACCGCCCCAGAAUCGGCCAGAGCUCCUCCCUCUCUAUGCUGGACCUUCUGCACAUGGCUCGGGACAUCGCUCUUGGCUGCCGUUACCUGGAGGAGAACCACUUCAUCCACAGGGACAUUGCUGCUCGCAACUGCCUCCUCACCUGCCCUGGGCCUGGAAGAGUGGCAAAGAUCGGAGACUUUGGGAUGGCUCGUGAUAUAUACAGGGCAAGUUAUUACCGGAAGGGAGGGCGUGCCAUGCUGCCAGUCAAGUGGAUGCCACCAGAGGCCUUCUUGGAGGGUAUUUUCACCUGCAAGACUGACACCUGGUCAUUUGGGGUACUACUUUGGGAGAUAUUUUCAUUGGGCUACAUGCCAUACCCAUGCAAGACCAACCAGGAAGUGCUGGAGUUUGUGACUAGUGGAGGCAGAAUGGACCCACCAAAGAGCUGCCCAGGGCCUGUGUAUCGCAUCAUGACCCAGUGCUGGCAGCAUUGUCCAGAGCAUCGACCCAACUUCUCCACUAUCCUGGAAAGAAUUAACUACUGCACUCAGGACCCUGAUGUCAUCACCACACCCCUGCCUGUGGAAUAUGGCCCAGUGGUGGAGGAGGAGGGGCUCACAGUGACCCGGCCUGAGGGGUCAGGGACCCCGCUGCUCAUGGCCCCGUCUCUGUCCCCGGAGAUGCCCCCUCAGCCUGCCAGCCCUGUUGCUGUCCCUGAAGUGCACAGACCCCACCUGCAGCCCCCCCAGGAGUGUGCCACUCACAGGGAGGCUCCGGAGACCGCCUGGGCAGAAGCCGCCCCGCCCCCAGUGCCGUGUCCUGGGCCGCGGCUCAGCCCGGAUCCCCCGCCCUGCCCCACGGCCCCACCCACCUCCAGCAGCCAGAAGCUGAAGAACAAGACCAAAAACCUGUGGAACCCCACCUACGGAUCAUGGAUGCUGGAGAGUUUUGGGCGGGCCAAGAAACCGCUGUCCCACACGCAGUCCAUGCCCCUGUCCGGUACCCCGUCAGCCUCAGCCGUCCCGGAUCACGAAGGCUUUGGAUCGGAUGGUAGCAGCAGCUCCCCACCCCUCAGCUCCCCGGCCUGCCCGGGUGUGCUUUCUGCCCCCCUCCCCUGCGGUCCUCAGGGUCCACCCAGCCUGUUGACUCGCAAGGGGCCCCCAGAGGUCUUGGGGGGACCCAAUGCUGGGUUAGACCUGGCAAAGCUUCACAGCUUCCCCUGCGGUAACGUCAACUACGCCUACGACGAGCACAGCUAUGAGGCCGAGAGCCUGCCCCUGCCGGCCAAGGUCCCGGAGCCCAGCGCUAGUUCUGUCCCGUCCACCUCGGGGGCUGGCCUGGGUGCCAGGGCCACCGGCUUCUCCAAGCCGCUGGUGAAACGGCACGCCAGCUACGGUCACGAGGACGUCAAGCGGCACUGCCGGCUGGAGAAACCUUGCCGCGAUCGGGAUUCGGGCUUCUCUCUCUCUGAGGACCUGAGCGUCACACCCAUCUAGCACAGUGAAAACGCACUGAAGAACGCAGGGAGAGCACCACUGGAACCACUCCACACCUCAGAAACGCUUGAACAGGGGAAAGCAGACAUUUCUACCUAACAAAUGUUUCUGUAUUUUAUCUGUCCUUACUUGUUUCUUUUGUUCUCAUAGCAUAAUCCCUUCAUUGUUUACUUUUUGUAGUACUUUUUAAGAAAGCUGAGACUGGACCUUCAUCUCCAGCCACUUCAGCAUCAGAAGAGUGACAGACCACAAGAGAAUUCAGAGUUCAGUCAGCCAGUAAUGCAUACUUUUGUAGUUUAUGCUAUGUUCUUUAUUUGUUUCUAUGCCAAGAUAGUGGUCAGACUGCUGCCAGGUUACAAUAAGUACAGCCAUGCCAAGUUCUGGCUACCAGCACUGAACUGCGACCCAAGAAAUGCAACACAAUUGACACACGACCCUGCACACCCAGAAAUGCUUUCAUCAGCUCAGGGCUAUCAGAGCUGCCUGGCUUUGAUAGAAACUCUUGUAUCAGCUGUAUGAGAGCUCCAUCCAGUCAGCACAUUCAUUCUCAUUGCUGUGAGAAACACUAAGUCAGAAAUAAAAGUCUGAUGUACUUUGUUCACUGCAGUUGCCUGGCUCAAAAUGGGGCUCUUUAUUUGGUUUUGUUUGAUUUUGGUUCUUUAAUUUGGAUUGUUUGAGUUGCUUUUGGGUAAAGAUGACCAUGUUUACACUUUGUAAAUAGUGGGCAGGAUAUGGUCAGGAUUUACUCAGGGAUGACAGACCUGAGGCAAAUGAUAUAUUUUGUUUAGGAAAAUCUAUUGCAUAAUUAAUUUUAACACAAGGAAACACUGAAUUGUCAAAUUGGUAAUUAUUAAGAAAAACAUUGCUUAUACUGUAUAUUAUAUUUGAACUUUAUUGUAUUGCUUUUACGCCGUUAAGAGUUACAGAAUACCUACAGUUCUUUUUGCCAACUCUAAUUCAGCAGUUAUAAGUGCCAUGGUAGCUGAAAACUAUAAAAAUGUCUCAAAUAAGUUGCAAGUUUGUUUCCCCUGUGUAUACACUAAACUGAUUACUUAACUGUUGAAGAUUGGGAAGGUACUGACAUUCCCAAUCUUCAAAAGUUCUCCCAGUUUGAGGGCCCAAAGUGGCCUGGGAAUGGGCAUGGCACUCCACCCUAUCCACUGAAUAUAUAUAUAUAUCCAUUUUACUGCAUGGCAAACAGUACUUCAUUAAAUAUUAUUUUAAUUAGACGCCUCCAUAAGCAAAUAUGCUUCCACAGUCACGAAGGCCGCAAGCAGUUAGUGACAUUUGCAGUUCUUGUGUCAAUUUGUGCUCAUGCAAAAUGGACACUGCUGUUAAUGCGAUCACAUGUUCCUAGAAGGAAGUUUCAAUGAAAUAUGUCAUAAUUUGUUGAAAUAGUUAAUAGCCUUAGGAAAGUUUAGAAAAUAUUUACGUAUAGAAAUAUUAAUUUUCAUUUUAUAUUUUUCUCAUGUUUUCUUUUUCAUCCUGUUGUAUAAGGCCUCAAUAUGUGAAUGAUAAUAUAGCCAGAUGGUGCCAGCUCUGCCCCAUUAAGAAGCAGUCCCUGGUGCAGUCAAUGCCCAUUAAGUGGUGUAUUUCUGUGGAUACAUCUAAAAAGGCAUUAAAAACCAUUAACUUGUAUUGGGUAAAACUAAUGAUAAUGAAAUGUAUCCAUGUAAUGUAGCAGAUGCAAGGGUACAUUCAAAAACUCCAUUUUGAAAUAAGAUGCUUUCUGAUACAACCACUAUUCAUUUCUGAACCCAGCUGUAAUAGGUCCAGAUACUUUAACAAGAGUCUUUCAGCCCUAUUAGACUGAAUGCCCAGACUCGGCACUCUGAAAUGAUAAUAUGUCUAUGCAUACACUGAGAAUACAUAUUUGUCCAGUCAUGUGAUUCACAUUAACUCAGUACUUUGUGGACCUGUGAAUCUCUUCUAGAAUGUGUUGCAUUGCUCUUAAAACUUGGUCCCUUGUAUUUCGGCACUUUGGUCCUACAUUACUAGAGAAUAUGAAUUUUGUUUUGUGAAAAAUUAGUUUUUCACUCUCUUCAGGAUAUAAUUCAUACAAAUUCUCCAAGUUAAUUUAACAAAAGUUCAAAUCAGUAACUGGACCUCAUUUUCUAGAAUUCUUCAGAUGGGACUGUCAAUAUAUGUAGCGGUUCUAUAGUUUUAUAAUAGUAUUUAUAUUUUAUAUUUGUGUUUUCCAAACGGUUUAUGUAGAUGAUCACUGCCAUUUGUUCUGUGAUACCACUACUACAGGAAUGAAGAGUAUGAUUCUGCAGUGCCUAUAAGAAAUCAGGAGAGGGCAGCACGCACAUUUAAAAUACACUGUAGUAAUGCACUGUUUCAGUUGAUUACCUGACUAUUUUAUUUUCAGAUAAACAAAGAGUUUAUUUGCUUUCUUAUUCUUUUUUUUUUUUUAAAGAAAUUUGUCAUGUAUUAUGCUUUAUGUUUUGAUGUUUUUUAACAGUAUAAUGGAGUGAUAAUUUGUACCUUAUUAAAAUAGAAAUGUAAAUUUUUUAAUUUUACUGUAUUUAAGAUUCCAUUUACUGUAGGGUCUGUGUUACAGCUUCCAUCAACCAGUGGGUCCCUAAAUUUUCCAUCUUAAAUCUCCCUGAAAUUACCACUCUUUAGCUGAGGGUCUCAAUAAAUUGUAAUCCACUAGACCCCAGCUGUUUAACACAUUUGAAAAUAGUAAUGUCAAUGUGUACAAUGGAGUUAUAUAAGACGUAUCUAUUUAAUACAAUUUAAAUUGGUCAUUGUUUUCUAGCAAUGUUACUAAGGAUGAGUUGAGAUUGUUUAUCUUAAUUUGUAAAAUGUGUGAUUUAUAAAAUAUUGAAAUAUUUCAGAUUCUUCAAAUGGGAAAUAUGGUUGACAUUUACCUGAAGACCCCCUGAGACUCUCUCCAGUCUCUAGGGUUCCCCUAUGAUAGAUGACCACUGUCGUGGAAAUUUGCUUAUGGCGGUUAGUGUGACAUGGUAUUGACACCUGACACAUGCAAUAUAGCAUGCAUAGCAUAGAAACAACAUGUAAAUAAUGGAAAAUAACAUAAAAAAUUGUCAACAUAGUCAGAAGCUGUAGGAUUGUGUUUUUUAGAAAGCAUAAUUCCUUUAGUUUCUGUGUGACCCCUUCAACCGUCUGUGCCACCCACAAAUGGAAUGAGAGCAGGUGUUUGUAAAAUUGUUCCUGUGGCAAGCUAUUGAGACCAAGCCCCUUUGUCUAGUUUACUGAGGAGCUGUUUUAUUGUUUGUUUAGUCAAAUGCAGUCAGGGCCGGCCCGAGGCAUAAGCGAACUAAGCGGCUGCUUAGGGCCUCCGUGGCCACCAGGGGGCCUCCAUGCGGAAUUCAUGCCCUAUCGCAAAACUAUCGGUAGUAAUUUAAAAAUGGAACGACAACGGAGUAUUUCAUAACAAUAUAAUGUGAGACGGAUUUUACAAUGCAAAACCCCCUCCCCCCGGUCGACAAGAUUGCUUAGAGCCCAAAAUCCUCAGACCAGCAGUGAAUGCAGUGUCUGUGCGGUGAAAGAAUUUUCACUGAAUGUAUUUUUCCCCCCUUGCCUGGCUUGUGUGCUCCUCUUUAAAUCCAUGCAAUUAUAUUUUAUUAUAUAUAAUGGUUUGUGUACUUGAUUAGACUCAAAUGGCUUUUUUCCCUUUUUGUAACUAUUUUUAUAAUAUUCUUAAAAGUUGAUAGUGAAUUUGAAUCAAACUCAAUGAGAAGGAAUGUUUUGUACCUGUGUAAAAUAGAAAUGGUCUAUACUCCAUGCAAUUUUAAAUACAACUGUACUCAUAUUUGCAGCAAAAAUAAAUGAUGUCCUUCUCUUUUGUGUGGUUGUUUAUCUUUCUAAGCAGAUUUGCAAUUAAUUGAUCUUUGAGUGAUAAAACACUUGUAAGACAGCCACCAGGACAGGUGCUUCCAAAGGCUUUCCACACUUCCUUUGCACGUGAGGAUGGUUCAUUAUUUUAAUGUGUCCAACAUGGGAUUGAUGAUUUGUGUGAACUUUUUGCCUUAAUGUACAAUCUAAUUUUUUUUCUCUUUUUUUGCCAAAUUCCCUGUACUGAAAAAUUAGUAAAACCAGAACUUUGAUUGUUUCUACCAGGAACCUAACAAAUGUAGGGUACUGUGUUCAGAAAUGUCAUAAUUAAAAAUAAAUAAUUAAAAAAACAUUAAUUAUAAGCGUA